AUGACAGAAAGGGAUGCACAGGCUAUGAAGAGGGCUGGUAUUAUUCAAACCGCAUCAAAGCUACCCACUACCGGGUGGGUGGUGCCCUUUACAGUCGUGGAGGAAAAACAGUCGGGGCCACGGCGACGUUUCAUAGCAUGGCCAAAAGCUAAAAAUGAACACGAGGACUACGAGGCUAUGGUUCCUCUAGGGCAUAUUUCCCGUUACCUGGGGGCGGUUUACGACGAGGCUGCCGCCAUUUUAGAUCUCAAAGCAUCUUUUUUCCAGGUAGGUUUGCCAGCCGAAACGCGCGGAAAUUUCCGUUGCCGCACGGAGAAGGGGGAGCUGGUCGAGUUCACACGGCCCCAAUGGGGUAUAAAUGUAUUCCGGAAAUCGCGCAUACGAUCUCAAGAGUUUUGGCUGGUGACCCCGAGGUGGUUAAACCAUGUUAUGCGGCCCCGGCGGAGUUAA